GACGCUCCUCCCCAGUAGAUGACGAGGAAGCUUCUAGAGUUGUUCUUCCCUUUUCUACCUCACCCUCCGAUACUGGAGAAAGCAGUAGUAGUGAAAUACUGGUCGUCACCUGGUUGAGAAAUGCGAUUUUUAACGUUUUUAUUCCUGCGCUGUUUUUACGGCAUCUCUGGAUUCUGGACGUAACUGGUGAGAUUGUCCGAAAAUAUACAUGGUUUUAAGGCUACUUGAGAAAAUCCAAAUCCAUCUUUGCCGCCAACAUCUGCUAGGCCUUAUUUUCAAGGUAAAUAAAACUGGGAACAAUAGAAGAUGCUCACCGAAAAGAUGGAUUUAUAGCAGUUCCAAUGGUUGUCUCCAACCGUACACAUCUGGUGGCUGCUCCUCUCUUUUCUUCUGGUCCGCAAGUGCUGUUUUGUGCCGAAGAAGUCGAGAAGCGCCGCUGCGGAUCAUGGGAACAGGAGCGAAGAUCCUACUGGCUACAAUUUCGGGAUAACGUGCUCGAGAGGGCAGUUUCGUACUGGCGCUCCUUUGUGGCCACGUCGGGGAACAGGUUUUCGACCGGAUGGCGAGUUUUACAUUGACGUCUCUGACGAAGAAGCUGAGGACCAAGAAGGUCUAGACGUGAACACCAACAACUUCUCUAGUCCAAGUGACGACGAAGCUCCACAAGAUGGAGAGAGGAACAAUUAUCUUUACGAGAAGUCGCACCAGUUCUAUCAUCCUAUAAAAAAAGUAGGUAGGACCACCACAUCUUCAUCUAGAUCUACUACAGCAACACCAGACGACGAACGAGAGGGGUUCUUUGAACGAGAUGACGACGGAAGGCACUCUCCUGAUGACGACGAAUGCGAAUUCUUCCACGGACAGAGGGAAGACCCCGUGCUGAAAACCGAAGCAGGAGACAUUCACAUGACCGGUGAUACGACACCACCCCCGCUGAAGAGCGCAGGAUCGGGGCCAAGCCUUCACAACUUCAUGCUGUCGUCUGCUGGAACGACAAGAGCGUCUACCAAGGCAUCAACGCAAAUAUCGACUCCCUCGGAUCAGGAGGUGCAUCAAGAUAACACCAACAAUUAUUUGAAAACACCAUGAUUUAGACUUAGAGUUUAUCGGGAUUAUCAGAUUUACAUUGUGAUUGUUGUAUUUCUUUGCUGCUUGGCAGAUUCUUCUAUUUGAUUCUAGUACACUUUCGCAUUAGCUCUUUGAGGUCCGUUGGUUUUUCUGAAAGAUGGUAAGCGCACUUGUCAAAUCUAGGUCGAAAGUGCAUCGAGUGCAGACAAUGGACGAGAAAGCGGCAGCCUUUCGCAACUCGACGAGUGUGAUUUGAUCUCAUCCGGCUUGGAGAAACAGGAGGAUGUUGGAAGAGGAAUCGAGACGUGGAGGAUGCCUCAGGCCUCAAUGUCGGCGCUCAGUGUUAAGGCAAACAUUAUAUUAUUGUAGCGAUGGUGCACGUCUAGGUGAACGUGGAGAUGGAUAGUAGGAUAACAGAAUUUGAAUAUAUGACUCAACCACGUGGGGAAAAGGGGACGCGUAACGCAUAUGCAAGGCAAGACGUGCUAGGCGGAGACUGCUCCGCAGGGGUCAAGAAUCGCCGUUACCCCUCUGCUGUUCUAACACGGGCGACGCCGCGGAAGGAUGGUUACUACUGGUUUGUAAUGGCUGCAUGAUGUCCUUUCUCUAUCCUGUGGUCGCCGAUGCACUUGGUGCGGAAGCAGUUCAAAACUUGAUUUGGUGGGAUAUAGUCGGAAACGCCCCAGUGUGCCAAUUCGCUUUGUUUUUGAUUGCAGCACGCUAUGGAAACGCCUACGGAAACUCUGCUGGAGCAGCCUCCUCCUCUCAACAUAAGCAAGGAGACUAUAGAAGUCCAUCAUUGAAGAUGUUCCACGAAGAUCAUAGUAAGAGAAUUGAACAACGAGAUCGAGAUAGAAGGGAGAAUGGUCGUUCUAGUUCGGAAGGUCGGAGCGGAUCUUGGAGCAGAAGAAGUGGUCGCACUAGUUCAGGAGAGCGGCGCGCGCUGUUCGGAGAUCUUAACUCAUUGCCUUCAAGCCGGAGCUCCUCGCGCGAGACAGUCCUUACGAUGUCUCGGAUGGAUGCCCGCUGGUUCCCGUCAAAUGGAAAACUUCACCGGAAUGCGAGAAACGAACGCUCGUCUAGUACGGAAACGAAAGACGUGAAGACUUACCAGAACACCGGGAAAGUCCUGAACACGAAAAAUGGACAAAAGCAGGCACUGUUGAACACCUCGAUGAAUGGACAUCACGCGAGCUAUGGGGCAACGCCAAGUAGUGGAAAUUCAGAGUUAUCGCCGAUUGGCUGGUCGUCGCGCUCACGAAGGCAGUCGCGCAGCGCAUCGCAAGGUCGACGACCUUCUGAAGGUAGCGAGGACACGCUCGACACUGAGUCAGACUGCGGCGAGCCUGGUGACUAUCAUAACGUCCGAAAGUGGAAUCGAGAAGGAGGUUCGUCUUCGUUCAGGAUAUGGCUCAAAAAGGUUUUCUUGGUAGCACUAUGUAUAAUAAAGCUCGGUUUCUACAUCUUUCGGAUAGGGCAGUACCAUAAAAGUACACAUAUGACAACUUUUACUUGAACUGAUUGUGCCUUUCUCGUCUUCUACAUCUAAGAAGAAGCACGCACGAUCGACGGCGCGAAGUCUAUGCUGGCAUGCCUCUGGAGGAGCUGCUUGCCGCUUCAGAGGGAAUGCGUUCCUCCACCAUGCUCCGAUCACGGUCAGCAAGGGACUCGUCUUCUUAAGGCUUCCACAAAAAUCCAUCUUGUUCUUGAGAAGCAUCUCUACUUGAUGCGGAAACCCCUGAUGGAAGUGAAAACAUGUCUUUGUUUGGUGUAGUCCCUGAAAGCAUGUCUCUUUUUGGUGUAGUCCCUGAGCGGGAAAAACCGGUCGGUAAUUUAGGGUGUGGUGUGUCAAGAUGGAUUGAUUCAGGGAAUUUCUAAAGUUCUGCUGUAGGGGGCUUCAUUCCACGGGACGGCUUUCUUUCAUGGUGGUCUCGGAUGGGUGGACCUCAGGACGUGCCGACUCAGUAUUUUGAUUCCAUUAAUCCUCGACCCUCGAAAAGAGUUCCGUCGGUGGGAGUGCCGAGCAAGCGCCUGUGGUCGCAAGAGCAACGAACGCAGCCAGACGUGGUUCUGGGGUAAUAUAAGAUCGAUUUCGUUUGUAUAUUACCUAAACUCGCUAGGCACAAUUCUAUAUUGCUUUUCUUGUAGUAAUACGUGUUGUUUUUCUAUGCUUCCACGUACUCCCAUGAAAGGAUGUGAUGAUAGUGUGCGUUGACCAUAACAAGAGCGCCUCAGCAGGUUCGCACAGCACGCGCGGAUUACGCCAGAGAACGUGCUUUAUGGGUGGGUUGGUUUUCAGGCACGGCAAUUUGGCGUCUUCUGUUGUAAUGCUUACCAGGCAACAUUGGGACGUGUAGUUCAGGCAGUCUCGGUAAGUGAGGUUCCCACGAGGAUGCGAUCGCAAUGUGUCGAGAUUGUACUUCUUCAACCAAUUUUGCUCGCCAUUGUCCUCGGGGUAGUUUUCAAUGCCUGCAGCAUCAAAAUGCCACCGGCGCUCGACCGCGGUUUAGAGUAUAAUCUGGUUAGUAAGUUUUGUCUAAAAUAACCAGGUACUAGACGUGUAGACAUGUCACAGAACUUGGCAAGAAAGACACCAGAAAAGCAAAUCCAGGCAAGACGUAGGUGACACGCGACGCGUUCACUAAAACUCAGAAUUACAUGUCGAUUACUGGCGAACUUCGCGUUUGAAUAUGUCUAGCCUCAAACGGACCACUACAACGUUACAACAGGUUACUGGCGUCACCGUUUCAGGUGUGUUUGUAUUUUUUUGCGGGUACCAAAGCUGACCUCUUUUCCAUGAGCGUGCGCGAUCGCCUUGCUUCGCGCGAGGUGCUGCAACUACUCGGUAGGGCGCUUCUAGUCCGUCUUGUCGUUGUGGGCACUAUUAUUGGUGCUCUUUUCGCGGGUUUCGAGCGUUCUCGCCUGCGAGCACUGGCGGUCCUCGCGGUUCUCUCGCCGCCUUCGAGCUUUCCGGUACUUCUCGUAGACCUUUUUCGCUUUCCAGGUGUGUUUUCGCCGCUGACGGUCUUCCUGUGGUCAUUGGAGAUGCUUCUGUGCUUCGGACUUCAGAACUUCGCGCUCUUCUGGAUCAAAGCGUCUCAUCAAUACCCUGACGAAAUUGUGAAAAAGAACCCUGACAAGAAAAUGGCCGCACCAUCAUCAUCAACCUACAUCGAGAACAACGAACUUGCAGAUCAUCAUGGAGAGCUUCAACACGGCAGAGAGGAGGACACAUUGAUGUUGUCAACAGGAAAUCACUUAACAGUAGACCGAGAAGUAGAAAUGGACAUAAGGCCACCAACAACAUCCUCAGAGAAAUUAAGGUCAGCUUUUACCCAUCUUUCUCGGCAUCUUGGUACCCUUUUCCCUUGGAUUUCAUAGGAAAGGGGGGUGUGGGAGAUGGAUAAAAGCUGAAGCUAAAGAAAAGCCCUCCCUCACUUGCAUUAGUUCAGCAGCACGAAACCCUACUAGGCGGCGGAAACGCUCUAGAAAAAUUGGCCGGGCUUGCAUCGUCGCCAACAGGACACGCGGCGGCGACCGCGCUUAUGGCGUUAGGGCGCCGCGCCUUCGCGCGCCCGAGGCUCCCCGCAGCACGAAGGCAGAAGAAAUUGAGACGGGCUCGAACGUUAAAAAGCGAAGUUGAUCAGAGCGCUACGACUCGCCAAGUAUCUCCCGCCAAACCAGACACCGCAACGAGAGGUUCGAAGAUCGGGCCACGAAAAGCGGCCUUGGGAAGCCAAGGAAGAACGAUAGAUCGCCAUAAUGAGAGGGAGCAGAUGAAUUUUCCGGAUCGGGCAGAGAACUCGAAUCUUUUGAGUGAUUCGGUCGCGCAGAGGGAAGCAACGCCGACCGAAAUCAACACAAGAAGUCAUACCAUUCGAACAAGGAAUGUGGGCUCCGAAGUUUCGCUGCUACAACAAUGGAGUGGAGGGGAGGUCUCAACCAAGCUGACGGUUUCUGAAAAGCGAAACGAGAAACCCGCUCGCGACUACUCCACAAUGCUUGCUGCUAUUCACGCGGGCUCAUUAGACUAUAGAACUGUGUUGAGAUGAUUUGAUUUUUUUGAUUGCAGUACCACCUGGUACCAUCGUAAGUUUUGUUUUAUGUAGGUGAAUAAUAUAUACUUUCGAUUUCCUAGAACUGAUGAAAAGUUGUUGAAGGUACUUGUAUGAUUAGAUUCAGACUACCACGAACAUGGAAAUGAAAAUUUUGUUUCUUAUUUGCGGCCGCGGCACUUGCAUGCCCAACAUGAAUACUGACUAUAGAAGAGAAUUAGAAGAUGCGAGACGAAGAGGUCGGAGGUGCUCUGACGGGUACUUCUAACUGUAUCGUGACUCAAGCAAGAAAGCCUUGAUCGAUUAAAGAUUCCCAUAAGUCUUGUAGUUUCACCCGGUCAGUCCUAAGCGCACAAAUUUAAUGAUUCAUGGGGAAGAGGAAGUGAAGGACAUCUUGAUUUCUCAAAUUGAAUACUGGAUAGUUCGUUGACCUUCACUGGAUGAAAUAUAAUGACUACAACCACAACGAUAAAAAUCGUAUUGGACGUAAAAUUCUGAAGUUUAUUUUUGCUAACGUACUGCGGGGCUUCACCUCUGGGGUCCCGCCUUUCAUCAUAAACGUAGACGUAGAUGUAAAAGCUGUCAGUCAGCUUCUGACUCAUUUUCCAGCGAUCUCGAUACCUGAGAUGCGAUGAUGAUGAACGUAUUUUUGGUAACUAUAAUGAAUUGAAUGAUUCGAAUUUUUGGUAUAGAGUGGGUAGUCCGGAAACAUCGUUGAUUCGAAUGAAUCUUUUGCCUGCCGCAAACCGCUUUUAAGGCGAGCAGCAUGCUGCUUCUGUGAACUUGUACUACAAAUUACUUUUUACGAUUUCUGUGUCGUACAUGUUUUCGAAGGUAGACGCAAAAGCAUCAACAAAGUGACUGCAAGAAGUGGAGAUAGAAGUUACCUUAGAUCUAAGAUCGCCAGGACGUUUAUGCCCUCUGUCAUCAUCGUUGCCACCAACGAUCUUCCAGAAAU